UCCGUACGGGAUCGAAAUAUGGACAUCGACCUUCUGCUGAUUGGAAAAACUGGGAACGGCAAGAGUGCUUUAGGAAACACCAUCUUGCAACGGAAUGUGUUUCGCAGCGUAAAUAGUCAGUCAUCGGUAACACUGGACAUUGAAUCUGAGGUCAGUGAUUAUAACGGACGAACCAUAAUGGUUGUUGACGGACCUGGUGUGGGGGACACUCGCAUGGACAAUGAAUCUGCUAAGGAUCUUGUCAUCAAUUCAAUGAAGGCAGCCAUCGCAGCCAAUCCACGAGGUUAUCACGCUUUCCUUCUGGUAAACAAAUUCGGAACGAGAUUCACGGCUGAGGACAAAGAAACGGUGGAGUUUUUAAAAGAGAUCUUCGGAGAAGAUUUUGUUAGGGACUUCUGUAUUCUGGUUCUAACUUACGGCGACUCUUUUGAAGGUGAAGACGAUGGAUUUACUUUUCAGCAAUGGUGCGGCAGACAAAUCGGUGUUUUUAAAGAUUUGAUGAAAGAAUGUUGUCAUCGCGUAAUUUUGAUAGACAAUCGGUCAAAGGAUGAAGACAAAAAACAGAAACAGCUUGAUGAACUUGUCACCAUGGUGGACAAUUUGCGUUGGAGGGAAAAACGUUACACACAUGAAGAAUUUCGCGAGGCCAAGGAGCAGCGGAAAACAUAUAUUGUGGAAUCCAAACUGCCAAUUAUCGAAAAGAAAACCCUUGAAGAAACGAAAUUCAUCAUGCACAGUCUUGAAAUAAUACAAAAAGCAAAGAGUACAGAGAGUACGAAGCAGGACCUGUGGCAGCUUGAGGAAAAAGCCAAAGAAUUGCACAAAAGCGUUAUAGAUCAAGAUCGUGGAACGGGUGUCCUUCUUGACCUCGCGCAGACGGUCGAUUGCAUGGUGCACGUGAUCGAAGACGAAAUUAUAGUUUUUGACAAACUGAGCGAUGCAAAGGCGAAACAGAAAAAGGAGGAAGAGAAACGGGUGAAAGCGCUUGAGAAAGAUAUGAAACGACAAAGCGACAAGUACGAACGUCGUCUUAGACAGUGCAAACAGGACGAGGAGCGCAAGAUUAAGCUUCAGCAGAAGAACGAGAUCAAAGAACAAGAGCGAAAGACAAAGUUGGAGCAUGAAGCCUUAAAGAGAGAGGAAACAUUUCAGAUGUUGAGAGAUAGAGAACGACAAAAACAGCAACAACAGCUAGAAGAGAUUAAUAGAAAGUACAAUUAUAUCAUG